AUGGUCAUCAACCCGACAUAUCUCGCGCAGCGCACGCGCUCGUCCAAAACCUGGGCCGAUGCGAAGACAAGAGUGCUGGCCAGCUACCGAGACUGGCUGAGAGCGGCUCCGGAAGUCCAGACUAUGUACUCCCUGAAUAUGCCAGUAAGCGCGAUACGGACCAAGAUACGACAAGAAUACGAAAGACAUAGAUACGUCAGCCAACUGAAAACGGUGGACGUGCUACUAUUCAACAGCCACUCGGAAUUUCAGGAGACACUCAAUUUCUGGAAGCAACUUACACACGUCCUCAAAUACUUCCGCGCAGAAGAAGAGCCGAAAGCGAGAUUACCGAAGAACUUCAUCCAAGGUUUCAUUGAGGGCAGGAACUAG